UCAGGCUUCCGUAGCCAGUCCGACUCCUGCACUGUAGGCUAAUCUGCGGCUGGGCUAAGCUGUAGUGGAGCGCCGGUGGGCAGCUGUCUCUGACACGAUGGAGCAGAUUAACAAUAUCCAGGUCGUUCCCUGCACCAGCUCCAAUUACCUCAAGCCCUUCACCGUGCACUAUAGCCAGAAUGGAACGAAAAAGUCCUGGGACUUCAUGCGAACUCAUGAUAGUGUCUCUGUGCUGAUCUUCAACACCACCUCUCACUGUUUCAUCCUGGUCAAGCAGUUCCGCCCAGCUGUCUAUAUGUGCGAGUGGGAGAGGAGCAAGCCUGCACCUCCUCAGCCGGAGGGGGAACAGGGAGGUGAGGGUUCCACGCAGGCCGCCCCAGAGGAACCCAAAGCCCCAGCAGAGGGCCAGGAGGGUGAAGAGGCGACCAAUCACCCCGAUCAGCCCCCGGCUUCAGUGGGCGUGACCUACGAGCUGUGCGCUGGCCUGGUGGACAAACCUGACCUCUCGCUGGAGGAGAUCGCCCGGCAGGAAAUCCUGGAAGAGUGUGGCUUCGAUGUUCCUGUCACCAAACUUAGGAGGAUCACGUCAUACAGGUCGGGGGUAGGAGUGACCGGAUCCAAGCAGACCAUGUUCUAUGCUGAGGUGUCAGAUGAGAACCGUGUUGGCGAGGGUGGCGGAAAACCUCAGGAGGGCGAGCUGAUCGAGGUGGUCAAAGUGCCCCUGCACGAGGCCAUGACUUUCGCCUUCGACGAGAGCAUCCCAAAAACCAUGGGCGUCAUUUUCAGCUUCAUCUGGUUCCACAACAACAUGUCGCCCAAGUACAAGAUCUCCACCAACGUGUAAUGAUGAGUGCAGUACCUUCCAGACCCCUGCAGCAUAUAACUUUUUAUUAAUCUACUGUUUAAACUGGUCAAUGAUUUGUAUUCUGAUUAGUUUGAUGCUUUUUUUUUGUUUGUUUGUUUGUUUGUUUGUUUUCUUUUCUUAUUACCAGUCUUAACUAUUGUCCUGUUUCAAACUUUGUCACAAACUGGUGUAAGCUAUCCUCUUUCCUCGGUAGCGGACAAGUCCCGGUAGGUUGCCAUAGAACCGAACGGAGUCAUUGUGGGUUUGUUUUGUGAAACUAAAUGCUUCGCUUUUCUAGAGUUCGAAAUUUUAGAUGGGUACUCUUUUGAAAAAAACUCACCAUGGCCCUUAAAUACCGUAAAAGCAAACUGUUCUAACUUCAGAAGAGGAGGUUAGAAGAAAAGGUACGUUAAUGACCUCAUACUACAUACUGGGAGGUUUAGUCUGAAAGGAUACUUGUCUCAGGUCAUUGACCUUUAAGCAAAGAUGUAAUGAUGAUUAUGAUGAUGAUUAUGAUGAUGAUAUUCAGCCAUGUUCCCCUCAAGGUUUGCAGCCCAACUUGGUCAAAAAAAAAAAACAGUUGUCACACCACAAACAGUGUGAUUGCUGUGUUUAACACGCAGGCAGCUACCUAACUGAGCGCAGGACAGACCAUUAUAAUUAACAUUAACAAUAAUAGGGCUGUUCUUGACUGAGCGAAGAAUAGCCAUGCACUUACAGACUUCUCAGGUCCAAUGCUGACUUUGGGACAUUCAGGGUUCGAGACAAUGGUCUUUAUCAAUACUCAUCACCACAAGCUGGUAUCUCUGAAAAAAAGGAGCUACGUGUGAAAUUGAAAAAUAAAAUCAAAUGGGCUCCUGCUUCUGAAGUCUGCUGUUGUUGGUUAUAUAAACAAAACAUAGACUUUUUUGCAAGCCAAUGCUUUGCAUGCACAAUCAGUACAUCCUCACGAACCAUUUAUCCGUAGUGCUCACAAUAAAGACUCCACGCAAAUGAGCUUUCAUGUGCACUCAUGGCACAUACAACAACACUAUUCCCAAAGCCAUCACCAAAUCCAUUUUUGAUCAUUUGGCAUGGCGCCAAGCCUGGCUGUUAGUUCUGAAAAGCUAGUUUGCUGGGGCACAAUCACAUUUUUUAUUUAAUUGUUGGCAAAUUGAUUUAUGAUUUAUCUCGAAGUACUGUAGUUCUUUUUUUAAAAGAGGAAUUUACAUUUUUUUCUUGUAAAAUGUGAAACAGUACUACCUUGAACUCUCUGACCGUGGUCCUCUCUACAGUUCAUCAUAAUAUUGGCACCACACAUCCAUCAUCCACCUUACAUAUCCAUAUUCUUUGUCUAUUUCAAGAGUAUGCCUGGAGUGCAUGACGUUGCUUGUGGAACUUGUAUUUUUUAAGAAUAUAAAGCCAAUAUAAAAUAACUAAUAAUAAGAUAGCACAUAGUGAUAGAUUCUGCCUGGAGACAGAUGGUCUAAGCUGGUUGAAAAAAGCUGGUUAUUUGGCAACAGCGUAGUAUGAGCCAGCAUAGAGUGUGUGUUGCAUUUGUAUUUGUUUUUGGUCGUGCUUGAUCAUGCUUGAUCGACCAGCGUGGUCUUGCUGGUCAUGCUGGACAAACAGCUUAUAGAGAUAAUGGUCGGUCACCUUGGUCACAUUGGUCAUACUGGUUGCUUAGCUUGUGUAGGUUGAUCACGCUUGUAGACCAGCUAUCAACUUUUCAGCUUAAUCAAAUACACAGAGAUGAUGCUGGUCAAGAACUAGGCUGGUCAACCAGCUUAUCCAGAUUGAGGCUGUUUUUUUUUUUGUUUUUUGGUUGUUUUUUUUCUCGGUCAUAUCAAGCAGCAGCAUCUCAAUCUAUAUCUCUGAAAACUAAUACUUGAAAGUCAUACACAGUGUUAAUGUAUUUUGCACAUGGUAUUUUCUGUGGUUUCCUCUAAUAUCUAAUGUGAUAUUGGCAAAUAUUUAAUCAUGCGUACAGUUAUCACACCUUUCCUAGUGCUAUUUAUACUACUGUAUACCUUCUAGGAAUUCUCAAAAAAAAUAAAAAAAAUAAAUAAAAUAAAUAAAACCUGAUGUCAUGAGCUAUCACAUGCUGCCAGGAGCCAAUAGUUGUUUUCUUCAGCAACACAAAAUAAUUUUGGAUAAAUUAUAAUAUUGACGAGCACCGUCUCUGCGGGUGCAGUUAUACACUACUCACACUACUACUUUCCUUCUCAUAGUCUCAGAGCUGUUGUUGGUGUGUUUCGUUGCUUUUGUGGCAGCAGAGUCCUCAUUAUUAUAUCACUUGAAUCAUCUGUGAAGUACGAUUGAAACUGAUUUGCUGUCUUUUUGUUCUCUGACGAUGUGAACUACGUAAGGCUUUAAGUAUUUAAGGCUUUUGACUAUUUAAAAUGUUCAUUAAUGAAAGACGUUAAAAAUGCCACUGUUCAUAACACCCAUUCUCCUCCAUACAUGCCUUUCAAAAUCUAGGUGUUGAGUUCAGAAUUGGUGUCCAGGUUUGCCUUCUGUGAAACACGUUGGUUUUUAUGGUUUGAACUGAGCGUUUAGUCUACAGAGGCCUCCUGAGCUUGGAUCCCUCUCGCCAUAUCAGUUAAAACCUUUUCAAUAUGUUCAGAACAUCAACGGAGGGUAACAGAAUAUAAGUAUGCAUAGUAUACCUUUAAUGAAUCGUGUAUAUGGCACAUACAUACAUGUUUGUGACUGUUUUAACAUUUAUUGUUUUAACAUUAAUUAUUAAACAUAUGAUUAACAUAAUAUUGUAUCUUAACGAAAAAAAAACACCAAAAGCAUAUGCAUAUGAAAUCCGAACUGGAUGUUUUCUCUUCUUAAGCCUCUUAAUACUAUUUUGGGCUAUUAGUUUUAUCACUGGGCACUUGAUGGAGUGUUUUUUUUAUAUAUAUGUGUUAUGUUUUAUAUGUCCCACUUAAUCUUAUUAAUAUUUAGUUAGGUUUUUUUUUUUUGUUUUUCGGAGAGAAUGAAAUGAAUUUCUGUUCUACACCAGUGCUUUUUAUGCUUGAUUUUAUUGUAAUUUCAACAGCGGAAAAAUACUGUCUAUGCUGUAAGUACUUUGUAUACUUUGUAUUCAUUUCUUAUUGUUUUUCAUUAAAUGUCUGCACUCGAUGCAUAUAUAUAUAUAUAUUUCAAAUAGAUAAUAUGAUUUGAUAAUAUAUAUACACACACACACACACACAAUUGAAACAUGAAGUGUUGCAUGUGCACUAUCUGUAUUAUAUUGAUUUGAAUUUGGUGUAAAUUAAUAAAGUUGCCUAAGGCCA